AUGUUGAGAACCCUUUUCCUGAUUAUGCUGACUCUGGCGCUGGCCAAGUCACAGGACACCGAAGAAACCAUCACGUACACGCAAUGUACAGAUGGAUAUGAGUGGGACCCUGUUAGACAGCAGUGCAAAGAUAUUGAUGAAUGUGACAUCGUCCCAGACGCUUGCAAAGGUGGAAUGAAAUGUGUCAACCACUAUGGAGGAUACCUCUGUCUUCCUAAAACAGCCCAGAUUAUUGUCAAUAAUGAACAACCUCAGCAAGAAACGCCAGUGGCCCCUGAAACUGUAGGUGCAGCUGCAAAUGCAGCCGCCACCUCAGGGACAGUUCCUGGAGGAGUUGCUGCCACAGGCAUGGCCACCAGUGGAGUGAUGCCCGGGGGUGGUUUUGUCGCAAGUGCUGCUGCAGUCGCAGGCCCUGAAGUGCAGACUAGCCGAAAUAACUUUGUCAUCCGAAGAAACCCAGCUGACCCUCAGCGCAUUCCCUCCAACCCCUCUCACCGCAUCCAGUGUGCAGCAGGCUACGAGCAGAGUGAGCACAACGUGUGCCAAGACAUAGAUGAGUGCACAGCAGGAACACACAACUGCAGAGCCGACCAAGUUUGUAUCAAUUUACGGGGCUCCUUCACCUGCCAGUGCCCUCCAGGGUAUCAGAAGCGAGGAGAGCAGUGUGUUGACAUAGAUGAAUGUGCCACCCCUCCGUACUGCCACCAAAGAUGUGUGAACACGCCAGGCUCCUUUUAUUGCCAGUGCAGUCCUGGGUUUCAGUUGGCGGCAAACAACUACACCUGUGUAGAUAUAAAUGAAUGUGAUGCCAGCAAUCAAUGUGCUCAGCAAUGCUACAAUAUUCUUGGUUCAUUCAUCUGUCAGUGCAAUCAAGGAUAUGAGCUAAGCAGUGACAGGCUCAACUGUGAAGACAUUGAUGAGUGCAGAACUUCCAGCUACCUGUGUCAAUAUCAAUGUGUCAAUGAACCUGGGAAGUUCUCAUGUAUGUGUCCCCAGGGAUACCAAGUGAUGAGAAGUAGAACAUGUCAGGAUAUAAAUGAGUGUGAGACCACAAAUGAAUGCCGGGAGGAUGAAAUGUGUUGGAAUUAUCAUGGUGGCUUCCGUUGUUACCCACGAAAUCCUUGUCAAGACCCCUACAUUCUUACAUCAGAGAACCGAUGUGUUUGCCCAGUGUCAAAUGCUGUGUGCCGAGAACUCCCCCAGUCCAUAGUGUACAAAUACAUGAGCAUCCGAUCUGACAGGUCUGUGCCCUCAGACAUCUUCCAAAUACAGGCUACAACUAUUUAUGCCAACACUAUCAAUACUUUUCGGAUUAAAUCUGGAAAUGAAAAUGGAGAAUUCUACCUAAGGCAAACAAGUCCUGUAAGUGCAAUGCUUGUACUGGUGAAGACGCUAUCAGGACCAAGAGAAUAUAUCGUGGACCUGGAGAUGCUGACAGUCAGUAGUAUAGGAACUUUCCGCACAAGCUCAGUGUUAAGAUUGACAAUCAUUGUGGGGCCAUUUUCAUUUUAG